CGGCUCGGCUCGGCUCGGCUCUCCCUCGUGUCUAAACCCAGCUGGACAGCAACGCAUGUGAUCAUGGGACGGGCUUGGCACAAAAGCGGGGUGAUGCGCCGUUGCGCCCGGAUGCUAUAAAGAGGCGCACACCGCGCGCGCGGCUCUCCGGCGCCACACUGUCAGCGAGCGGUCGGUGCUCGAUUGGUUUCGUCUGGAGAAACCAUGGCAGACCGAGAGGAUAGUGUUGCAAUUCCUGAGUUCAGCUUCCUUCUCCAAAUGGAUCCCUAUCUCAAACCGUACGAGAAGGACUUCAAGAGGAGGUAUGAGCUGCUACAGAAGCAGCUGGUACGGCUGGAAGAGACAGAAGGAGGCUUUGACCAGUUCACAAGCAGCUACAAGAACUUCGGUGUGCAUCGGCAGCCCGACAACAGCCUGCUUUUCCUGGAGUGGGCUCCUGCCGCAGAGGCCCUCUUCCUCACCGGUGACUUCAAUGACUGGGAGAAAUUCUCCUACCCCUACACCAAGAAAGAGUUUGGCAAGUGGGAGCUGAUUCUACCCGCCAAGCAUGACGGGACACCCGCUGUGGGCCAUAACACCAGACUUAAGGUGGUAGUUCACACCAAGGAGGGUGGCCGGCUGUACCGAAUCUCUCCCUGGGCAAAAUAUGUGAACAGGGAGGAGAAGUCCAUCGUCUAUGACUGGGUUCACUGGGAUCCCCCUCAGCCCUAUACUCAAAUCCACCCGCGGCCCAAGAAGCCCACGAGCCUGAGAAUAUACGAGGCCCACGUGGGCAUCGCCUCACCGGAGGGGAAGGUCGCCUCAUACACCAACUUCACCACCAACGUGCUGCCUCGUAUAAAAGACCUGGGUUACAACUGCAUUCAGCUGAUGGCAAUCAUGGAGCACGCUUACUAUGCCAGCUUUGGAUAUCAGGUUACCAGUUUCUUUGCUGCUUCCAGUCGGUACGGGACCCCAGAAGAACUGAAGCGGAUGAUCGACGCGGCUCACUCGAUGGGCAUAGUGGUGCUGCUGGACGUAGUUCACAGCCACGCCUCCAAGAACACGGAGGACGGCCUGAACUGCUUCGAUGGCUCCGACUCGUGCUUCUUCCACUCGCCACCCAGAGGGGAGCACAAGCUGUGGGGCAGCCGUCUCUUCAACUACUCCAGCUGGGAGGUGCAGCGGUUCCUACUGUCAAACCUGCGCUGGUGGAUGGAGGAGUACUGCUUUGACGGGUUCCGAUUUGAUGGCAUUACGUCUAUGCUGUACCAUCACCAUGGCAUCGGCACUGGCUUCUCGGGAGACUACAGUGAGUACUUUGGCCUACAGGUGGACGAGGACUCUCUGGUCUACCUGAUGCUUGCCAAUCACAUCCUCCAUACCCUUUAUCCUGACUGCAUCACUGUGGCAGAGGAUGUAUCUGGGAUGCCCGCUCUCUGCAGAGGAGUGGAGGAGGGAGGGCUUGGGUUUGAUUACAGACUGGCUAUGGCCAUACCCGACAAGUGGAUUCAGAUCCUGAAGGAGUCAAAGGAUGAGGACUGGGACAUGGGCGACAUCGUACACACGCUGACCAACAGGCGCUAUGGAGAGAAAUGCAUAGCCUAUGCAGAGAGUCACGAUCAGGCCCUGGUUGGGGAUAAGAGUCUGGCCUUCUGGUUGAUGGACAAGGAGAUGUACACCAACAUGAGCUCCCUGAUUCCCAUGACCGCCGUCAUUGACCGCGGCAUGCAGCUGCAUAAGAUGAUCCGCCUCCUCACUCACGCUCUGGGUGGAGAAGGCUACCUCAACUUCAUCGGGAAUGAGUUCGGCCAUCCUGAGUGGCUGGAUUUCCCUCGAGAGGGGAACAAUCAGAGUUACCACUACGCCCGCAGGCAGUUCAACCUGCUGGAAACGGAUCACCUCCGCUACCACCAGCUCUACGCCUUUGACCGGGACAUGAACCGCACCGAAGACCAGUACGGCUGGCUGGCUGCCCAACCUGGCUUUGUCAGCGCCAAGCAUGGAGAGGACAAGGUCAUUGUGUUUGACAGGGGACACGUGGUCUUUAUCUUCAACUUCCACCCAAGUAAGAGCUUCCAGGACUACAGGGUUGCUGUAGAAGCUCCAGGAAGGUCUACAUCCCCUGCAGAACCGCUAUUGUCCUGGCCAACGAGGAGAGAGAUUACUGUUAUUAGAGGAUGAUUGUCUCCACAGAGACCAGCAUCGAGAAUGGAUUCCAGCCUCAAACUGAGUGUUAGCAAUCACCUUCAUCUUAAAGCGCCAACCUUGCGCACCACUCAAACCAGUCUUUUUUCUUUUUUCUUUUCUAAAUGAGGAUGGGGGGGGGGGGGGGGGGCCAUUGUGAACUUUUUGGCUUUCAAACUCCAUCUGCAACCGUAGAUGCACAUGUAACCCCAUUUAGUACAGAUCGGUCCGUUUGGGAAGCGUCCAACCCAACCAGCAGCUAGAUGCUAGAACAUAAAACCCUGCCGAGUCCUUCCACCACCAGCCAGCAGCCAUUUAUAGGCUCUGAUGAAUUUGGCGUGCCAUCUGAAACACAUGACCGGCGACUGCGACAGAGGAAAGCGAUUCAUUAAGCAUUCCAACAUGAUAAAAGCUCAGAGAAAAUUAAAACAUUUCAGAGUAUUAUACAUGUUGAUAAACCGUUAAACUUUAAUUAUUUUCUAAUUAAAUACGGAUUAAAUGACAGUGUCAAAGACGCAAGGAGAUUAACAGUAUCAUAAUUUACAUUGAAGUCCAUCCAGGUAUUUAAUCGCUGGUGAUUCGUCUUUCAUCAUUUGCAUUUUGGGAGUGUGUACGUAUAAAAAUACUGCAAUUUGCACAAAGUAAUAAGCUGCUUUGAAUUAUUAUACUUUUAAUGGGUAUCAAAAACAGUUGUGUUGUAAUGUUUGAAUUAAUGCAGCUAUUGGGAGCUGUUGUGUGGUUAUUUAUGUUCCUGUUAUUUAGCAGCUAAAGCAAAGUGAUAAAAUCAACUAAUUGGGAUUGUUCGUGCUGUGUUGCAUAAUGCACAAGUUACGCUUUUGCUGAAUUACUUGGAUUUUUUUUUGUCUUCCACUUAACUCAAAGCAAAGCGUGGUUUUCUUCAAUAGUAGAUCCCAUUAGAGUAGUUUGUCAUGUGUUUCCAUAAAAUCCUUCGUAGUGUGCUGAAAUAAAUUGGUACUGAUAAUGAACACCAUUUUCUGCGGGUUUUACGAGUGUGACUCGCACACCAGACUGCUUUAAGAUACCAUGAUUCACGAGCACCAUGUUGAUUAGAAGCUGCAGCACUCCUUUGGGAUGCGCUAGAAAACAGACGGAGCCUAAAUUCACGCAGAAUGACAUGUGCCUCCCCCCAAUUAGCUCAGACUUUUGUGACUUUUGUCUCAACUUGAUGAUUGAACAGCUGCAGCGCUUGUUCCUGUUCCUCCCAUUAGAUAAUACGUACGGAGGUAAUCGAUGAACUAAAACGGGUGAUAGGUGACUGUUUUUGUGACGGCUGAACUCACUGUGUCAUUAAAUUGGGCUUUCAUACCAGACGAUUCAUCCUUUGAAAUUAUGUUUUGCAAACUGUGAUAAUUGAUCUGUCUUCAGCCUAAAAGUCUCCCAUCUGAAUGGAUGUCUAUUGGACAACUUUCAGCAUUUGCUGCACGUCCUAUCGAGGCAAUCCUGGUGUAAGUGAAAUAAGAGCAGAUUCCUGCGCAUCCCAGAUAAAAGCUAAUGCUUUGAUUCACUGCCAACGACACUGUUAUUCUGUGAUCCACACCUACUGCAUUAACACAGAUUCUCAGCCGUUUAAGCUGUGCAUUGUAGCAUAUGGCAGGUUUUGAUCUGCCGCCACUGCAGCUGAAUAAAACUAAUUUAUAUUCAAGACCAUCCUCUCGUUUGGCCAAAAAGUAUCAUGAACAUGUCAUUUUUUUCUCUUUGUGUUGCACUCAGCGACGCCUUUUUCCACCCCUCAAAGCACGGAGUGGAUGACUGCAUUCAUUCCAAGCAACAAGGUGGUGAUUGAUGUGGAGCGUUAAAUCAUCCCCCAACUGACCCGUUGUCGUUGUCGUUUUACCACCGGCAACAUGAAUUGUCUGCGUUUGUUCUUAUAAGUAAAAUUGAUGUCUGAUGCAA